UUAACCAGCAGGCAGCAGGUGUUCAACAUCAAUCUGCCGUGCACCGUCGAGAACAAGGAGAACACUCGGCCGUUUGUGAUACGCGAGAGCAGCAGCGACAGCGACGAGGGCGACGGUCGCAUACUCUAUCGCGACGACGACAAUGACCGGCAGGCGAAGAUUGCGCGCAAGGAGUCGCUGUCGCUGAAGCUGCAGCUGCGGCCCGACAAGCAGGAUCUGAUCAACCGCAACAUUCUGCACCAGGUGACCGACAAUGAGAUCAAGGAGUCGAAGGAGGCCAUUGGCGCACGUCUCAUACGCCGACUGUCGAUGCGUCCCACAGCCGAGGAGUUGGUGGAGCGCAAUAUCUUAAAGACACAAUCACCCGCCGAAGAGAAGAAGCAAAAGGAGGAGAAGAAAUCGUAUUUGCUGCGAAAAUUGAGUUUCCGACCCACCGUCGAGGAGCUGAAGGAGAAGAAAAUCAUCCGUUUCAACGAUUAUAUUGAGGUGACACAGGCGCACGACUACGAUCGGCGUGCGGACAAGCCAUGGACAAGACUGACGCCGAAGGAUAAGGCUGCCAUACGCAAGGAAUUGAAUGAGUUCAAAUCGUCGGAGAUGGCGGUGCACGAGGGUAGUCGGCACUUGACGAGGUUCCAUCGGCCAUGACAAAUGCAAGGGCAGCAAACGACACUUGCAACAGCAGCCACGUCAGCAGCAACAUCAGUGAAAAACUCAUUUUCCAAAUGCAACCAACACAAUUUUGUGCUCGAACAGCAAAAGCGCCAACAACAACAACAGCAAAAGUUCGAGCGUGAUGGCAUAAAAACGAGAAAAUGAAAUAUAAGAA